AUGGCAAAUCCGGUCAACUCUUUCAGCUAUAUGAAGAACCGUUCUGCAGUUGUCUGUUUUGCGGCAGACUCUGGCAAUCAGGAAUCAGCUGGAACGUCAUCUGGCCAUGAUUUAAAGCUAGAAAAUAGUAUGCCACGGAAACCCGUUGUGACAGAUAGAGAGGAGAGAGCAAAGUUGUUGCCAACAAUACAACUGUCAACAAAUUAUGAUAAUUCCAUUUAUCAAGAAAAUAUAUCGCUGAGAUCAUUACCUGGAAACGACUCUCCGAGCCACCCAUUAGAAAACGAUGAUGUGUUCGCGGAAAAGGAAACAAAAAAGCAGAGGCGGAGGCACAGAAGAAGGAGAAGUGGAUCUCUCACAGGAGGCUUUUGGUCUAGAAAAGGCCGUGGCUUGCUUGGAUAUGCAAUUCCUCCUCCUAAUGUUCAUACCACCGAUUGGCGAGAUAUGCUGGCCGUGACUGAGUAUAAGGAUAAUGAGGAAAACUUCGGAGUUCGGAAGUUGAGUGAUAUUUAUCCUGACACUAGUGGUGCUCAACUACAACCAACUCCUCUCUUCAAUCAGAUGAGAUUUGCCGAUUCCGACUUAUCUCUCAAUCGGGCAAACUGGAUAACUGAUACUUUCUGUAGAAGAGAAUGCGCUCGGUUUGUUGCCACAAACAAAGAUCCCGAGAAAUGCGGAUGUGGCCGUGUUCGCUCUGCUCAUAUAGAUAUUCCAACUCUCACUAGUUCUCUUCUGAACUAUCAAGGCUAUUCCCUUGUAGAGAAAAAACGUAACGAGACUGAUGAUGACAAUCAAAGCGAUGGUAUCAAGAUCAAUGUUGGGAAAAGUCGGAUCAAAGUUUCUCCUAAUGAGCGAUGGAGUCUAAAAAAGCACACUAUUUCUUUGGCUACUAAUGCGUUCGGAACAAUUGAGUUCCAAGGGGGUCCUCAUCCCACUAAGGCUCAAUAUGUGAGACUAGGGUUCGAUACUGAUCCUUCUCACAUUAUGUCAUUAUUCGAACAUGUUUGGCAAAUCUCUCCUCCUAAAUUGAUAAUAACUGUUCAUGGGGGAACUAACAAUUUUGAUUUACAACAUAAGCUUUCUCGAGUGUUCCGUAAAGGUCUUUUGAAAGCGGCUAUGACAACCGGUGCUUGGAUUAUCACUAAUGGAGUGGAUGCUGGAGUUGUCAGACAUGUUGCUGCAGCUCUGGAAGGGGCUGGUUCUAGUUCAAGAAGUAAAGUAGUGUGUAUAGGAAUAUGUCCUUGGGGUUUGAUAAAGAAAAGAGAUGAACUCUUAGGAGAGGACACUUGUGUUCCAUAUUAUCCCUUCUCUAGUAAAACUAGGUUUUCAGCUUUAAAUAAUAGACACUCUUAUUUCCUUUUAGUUGACAAUGGAUCAGUUGGCAGAUAUGGAGCUGAGAUUAUACUUCGCAAAAGACUUGAAAACUACAUUGCUCAAAAACAAAAAAUUUUUGGAGGUACUCGUAGUGUUCCAGUCGUGUGUGUGGUGUUAGAAGGAGGAAGUUGCACUAUUCGAUCAGUACUAGAUUAUGUGACAAAUGUUCCUCGUGUUCCUGUUGUGGUAUGUGAUGGUAGUGGAAGGGCAGCUGACCUUCUGGCUUUCGCACAUCAAACUGUACAAGAUGAUGGAAGCUUACCUGACGGUGUUAGACCUCAGCUUGUCAACUUGGUGGAGAAGGUGUUCGGGUGUGGAUCGACCGGAGCAGAUCGUGUUAUCUCGGAGCUCAUCAUGUGUGCUCAACAGAAACAUCUCAUGACUGUGUUCCGAUUAGGUGAAAAGGGGAAACAUGAUGUCGAUUAUGCUAUUCUAACAGCUCUGCUGAAGGGACAAAAUCUAUCUAGUGCUGAUCAACUGUCUCUCGCAUUGGCAUGGAAUCGUGUGGAUAUUGCACGUUCAGACAUCUUCACGGGUGGACAGGAAUGGCCUCAAGCAGCGUUGUUCAAUGCUAUGAUGGAAGCUUUAAUACAUGACAGGGUUGAUUUUGUUCGAGUUCUUCUUCAAAAUGGAGUUAGUAUGCAGAAGUUUUUAACAAUUGGCCGUUUAGAAGACUUGUACAAUACUGACAAAGGCCCGCCUAACACUCUCUACUAUAUAGUCAGAGAUGUUGUGAAAAUUAAACAGGGAUAUCGUUAUAAGCUAACGCAUAUUGGAAUGGUUCUGGAGAAGCUGAUGGGAAAUGCUUAUAAGUCGACCUACACAACACAGGAGUUUCGCCACAAGUACUCAAAAUUCAUGAAGAAAUACCGAUCGCGUAGCAAACUUGGCAAAUUGAUAACAAAAAGUGACAGAACAAGAGGCGGUUCUGAUGCUAUUUCGCGACAGUCUACUGAUCAAGGGCCGUUCGGAUCAUCUUUCGGAGAGCCAUUAGGAAUAAGUGAGACUAUGGUCACAGCACCAAGUGGAAGUAGAGCUUUGAGUAAUCAUAUUUUGUGGAGGACUGCUUUUCGUCGCGAUAAUCCUAUUAAUCCUAUUGCUCUUCGAUCGGGUAAACUGGGAGAUUCCAAGGAAUGCUGUAGUGAAAUAGAUGAAGAUUUUUCGUCAACUGGUUCUGAUGGAAGUUGCGCAAAAGAGUUCGAAUUUCGCUAUCCAUUCAGUGAACUUCUCAUUUGGGCUGUGCUUACUAAAAGACAAGAAAUGGCUAUGUGCAUGUGGCAACACGGAGAAGAAGCUUUAGCAAAGGCUUUAAUAGCGUGUAGAUUAUAUAAAAGUAUGGCCACCGAAGCGGCAGAAGAUUAUUUAGAAGUAGAGAUUUGUGAAGAGCUGAAAACUUAUGCUGAAGAAUUCCGAGUGCUUUCACUGGAACUUUUGGAACAUUGCUAUCAACAAGACGAUGCUCAAACGUUACAGUUGUUAACAUAUGAACUUUCGAACUGGGGAUGCCAAACAUGUUUAUCAUUGGCUGUAAUGGUGAACAAUAAACAGUUUCUAGCGCAUCCUUGUUGUCAAAUUCUGUUGGCUGAUUUAUGGCAUGGAGGUUUACGUAUAAGAAGCCAUUCGAAUCUCAAAGUAAUAUGUGGUUUACUAUGUCCGAUUUCGAUACUAAUGUUAGAGUUUAAAACGAGAGAAGAAUUGUUGAAUCAGCCGCAGACCGCUGCUGAGCACGAACAUGACAUCAACGAUACUAGUAGCUCAUCUAGCUCUAGUUCUAGUUCUUCCGAUGAUAGUUCAUCGAGCAGUUAUGAAUACGAUGAUGAUGAGGGCGCUCAAUCAGAGAAAGAAGUCACUAGAAGAAGCAGGCGGCAAUCAAAUGGUAGCGUCCAGUCUCUUAAUAUUGCUUCCCUCUUCCAUAGCCGUAGGAAGAAGCGAAGGGAGAAAGGGGACACAAAAGACUCGGAUCAUAAUGAUCCUAAUAAAAUAGAAAAAGGAGAAUAUGGUACUUUUAAAAACAACAGGGUACAAUCAGGUGCUUUAACUCCUCCAUCUUUUGUCAGAAAGCGAACUAGAUUAACUUCAUACAAACAACAAUCCGGGAAUAAAAGUGACUCUAGUAUGAAGGGGUCCGUUUAUGGAUCAAAGCCUAACGUCAGAGAUAAUGAUCAUAAAACGAAGCUUUCUGUAACGAAAGAAAGUGAAAUUACAUUCGAUAAAAGAGCUAUUUUACUUGCUGUUGGCGCGAAUCUUCCUCGAAUGCGACCCAUAAAAAUACGUCGAAGACUUUACGAGUUCUAUGCUGCACCUAUCACAACGUUCUGGGCUUGGACGCUUUCAUUUUGUUUGUUCUUGGCUUGUUUCACAUAUGUUCUACUGAUCAAAACUCCUACUAAUCCAACGUAUCUGGAAUGGGGACUCUUUGCCUAUGUUAUAGCUUUCGGUUUAGAACAUACUAGAAAAUUUAUAAUGUCUGAUAUGCAUGCUUUUGACCAGAAACUGAAGUAUUUUUUUUUCAACUAUUGGAAUACCAUAACAAUGGCAGCUGUAAUUUCUUUCAUAAUAGGAUUUGCUAUGCGGACUUUCGGUGUGAUUGCUUAUGGGCGUGUAGUUCUUGCAUGUAAUUCAGUAUUAUGGACGAUGAAGCUUCUGGACUACAUGAGCGUUCAUCCUAAACUUGGUCCCUACAUUACUAUGGCCGGAAAAAUGGUGUUGAAUAUGUCAUACAUUAUCGUCAUUUUGGUCGUGUCUUUAUUAGCAUUCGGAUUGGCAAGACAAUCAAUUACUUACCCUAAUGAGGAAUGGCACUGGCUACUGGUUCGAAACAUUUUUUACAAACCGUAUUUCAUGCUUUAUGGAGAAGUCUAUGCGGAUGAGAUUGAUACUUGUGGUGACGAUGCUUGGGAUGCCCAUCUAGAGAAUAGAAACCCUAUUAACAUGACAAGUGAAAAUGGCAUCAGCUGUGUCACUGGUCACUGGAUACCUCCGAUUCUUAUGACGUUCUUCCUCUUGAUAGCGAAUAUACUACUCAUGAGUAUGCUUAUUGCUAUUUUCAACCACAUUUUCGACCAAACUGAUGAGGUUGCCCAGCAAAUCUGGUUGUUUCAAAGAUAUCGUCAGGUUAUGGAGUACGAGAGUACCCCUAUUUUUCCUCCUCCCUUGACACCCAUCAGUCAUGUUCGCAUGUUCUGUAAGUAUAUCCAGUGGCGAUGUAAUCGCAAUAAUUAUGAAAAUCCCUCUGAUAAAAAUCGAAAUGUAUUCGACUUUUCUUUAAAACUGUUUUUGGAUAAAGACCAAGUGGAGAAACUUCAUGACUUUGAAGAGGAUUGUAUGGAUGAUUUAGCUAGAGAAAAGGAAAAUAAGAAGAACACAAGCAGUGAAGAGCGAAUUAAUCGUACAGCUGAAAGAACUGAUUUAAUUCUGAUCCGUAUGAAUGAUUUAACUACUAAAGAGAUUGUUCUCCGAGAAGCUAUGGGCGAAAUGGAUAACAGGUUGAUGACUAUUGAAAAAAAUCAAGAAGAAAUGCUGGAUUUGAUCAGAAGUCUCUUAUCGCAGCAAUCAAUGGGCUUAAGAGCACCUUACAGCCCUGCUCCGGAAAGCCGACCUCUCGAAAUUGUCACGGAACAUUCCCCUAAUUUGGCUUAUUCUGUUGAAAGGAUUGCACCGCUUCCUAUUGCACAGAGAAGACCCCGAACAAAUACUUUCUGUGUGGGAGCACAGUCUACGGAUGACGCUCUACUCUCGCCGGAUCCUACUGCUACACAUUUGCGGUUUAGUUCACAAUUGUCGUUAGAACAAUCAAAUGCUAAAGCAAUUGCUAAGAGGCGACAACGUCAUGAAGAAUACACUUCAAUUACCGAUGCUAUCGCGUUUGAUCCUCGAGAUCGACGUCUUCUGGGAUUGAAAUCUCACAGCAGUGAUCGACCGGGCUCUCCCGAUUCUGAUGGUGCUCGAUCAGAUAAUGAAAAAUCUAUGCGUGUGCCUUCACCUGCCAGAUAUGUGGUACAGGAACGAAGAAAAGAAAUGAAUGAGGUGAAAUCUAAACGCGAUGAAGAAGGUUUAGCUGAUUGUGAGCUCACGGAUGUUCUUUCCGACAAUGAAGAUAUAGAAGAUCGCCGAGUCAUUAGCCAUCAAAGCAGUGAUGAUCUCAAGCUACUUCAUUGA